UGGGGAGUGGCAAAGGCAAAGUGGCCGGUAAAAGACUUUAACUGUGUCUAACUUACUACAAAACUUUGUCAGUGGGAUCUCUUAGACAGUAACACAUAGCUGAACGUGGAAGAGAUGAGCAAUCAAGAGGUAGUCACGGUAAAUGUUGGAGGUACAAAGUUCACCACAUUUCCCUCAACGUUGAUGAGAUUUCCAGAGUCCAGGCUGGCGCACAUGUUGGAUGGCAGUGAUCGUGAGUUUAGGAUGGUGAAUGGUCAAGUCUUUGUAGACAGAGAUGGGACUUUGUUUAGCUAUAUUCUUGAUUUCUUGAGGACGUCCCAGCUCUCCCUACCUCCUGACUUCUCAGAUUACGAGAGACUGCAAAGAGAAGCAGAAUUUUACCAACUUCAAAACCUGGCAGAUUUGCUUGGCCAUGAGAGCUUUUAUCUGCCUAGACUGGAGAUCCUGGAAGUGCGAUUUCUUGUCCAGGAAACCCACUCUUAUUUCCGCAUCUUUUGCUCAUGUAGUAGCACUAUUGAAAUGCUGGCAGACCGGGUUAUAAUGUAUGUGGAGCAACCGAUCGGAGGACAGAGCUGGACCUUUCCAUUCUCGGCACAAAAACCACUGGCACCGGUGCCUCUACAAAGACCCUCACAUCAUGACCUCAUAUUCCAGUGUGGAACAGACUAUGCCACUGGAGAUCAGUUUGGAGCCAGGUGAUUACCAUUCAAAAUAUGUAAUUAAACACAGCUGUGAGUGAUUUAAUAGUGUUUAACAGGGUGAAUAAAGGAAGAGAGGAAUCCUCACCAACAAACAGGUCCCUGAAUUUAUUGAAAUCUUUUUAAUGGACAAUAUUUAUUUGUGUAUAGUUCAUAUGUUACACGAGUAGAAAAAUACCACCAGAUCUCCAACUGUAACUCCCCCAAAAAUAUUACCAGCCACUUAUACUUUUGGCAGUCAGUGGAAUAGGAGAGCAUAUGUUACCAUAGGACUGGUAACAACUGAAAGCCCGACAUUUUAUUAAGUAAUAGAUUUAUAUUUAUACAUAUAUAUAUAUUUUUAGUAAUGGAUGUAGGCAUACUGUAAGACACUUGAUAAUUUAAUCUAUCCAUCUAGCUUUGCAAAAGUAAAAUGUUGUUUUAUAGUUGGUGCAGAAAUUGUUAAAAAAAUUAAUUUAUUUAGGAGUAUGGAUACUAAUUGCAAUGCAGAGGUAGGACGAAAUACCAAUAUAUUUAGGAAUAUUAGGAACUGCCACUUACUCUGUUUUUUUUUUGUUUUUUUUUAUACGACAUUUACUCAUCCCUAUAUUUAACUUAUAUGUAUUUGUGAGGUGUAAAAAAGUUUAAUUAAAUUUAGGAACCACACCUAUUUCUCCUACAAUUGGGUGCCUCCAUCUUAGCUCCCUGUCAAUCAUUGUUGCAAGCUCUACUGGAAGUCCGCAUAGAGAAAGCAUACAGAGAAGAGAUGAAAUAACACUAUUUCUAUUUCUACUCUUCUUGUUUUGUCAUGGUUUUGCCUUGUCUAGACUGGAUUAUAGAUGUGAAGAAAACAGUGUAGUAACUCUUAUUAUUCACUAGUGUAAAUUUGAAAGGAAUAAAAUUAAAAAGACAGUUGCCCUUUAAUAUGAAUAUUAAAGUAACCUAAUCAUCUAAAAAAAAGGUUUCAUUCAAAUUAAAUUUGAGGCUUUACUGCAAAAUAAAUAAAGUAAAUUCUGAGAAUAAUGUCUGGAUUGUCCAGUCCAAUGCCACCCGUAACGGUAUUUAAUAUGGGUUAUUAGAAGGGGCAACAUAAUCAGUUCAUUUCAAAUAUUCUCAAGUAUGUUCACCAACCCACUUAUACUCUGUUACACUAACUCUGUAUGGCUUCCUAAAUAAGAAUAUCAAACUCCCCCAGCAGAAUCUAGCUCAUAGAAUCGAUUACAUUUACCUUCCUAGAGUUCUAGAGAUGUAGGACUAUAUUCACUACACAGGGCAUUGUGGGGAUUCUGAAUAAUUAAAGGUACGUUCCAAACAUCUAAAGUCGUUCUUUUUUUUAUUUUUUUUUAUUUUACAACAGGUGCUAUCAGACAACUGGUCCUAUUACUUUGUGAUUGUUUAGCUCAGUGGAGUUAAAGGACCACUCCAAAUGAAUUAUUAAUUUUAAAAUAAAAUUCAUUAUUUAGUAGACAUACUGAUCUGUGGUCUGUGAAGGAGCUGAACUGAGGUGUGAAGAUGCUGCUGUGAGAUCUGUGCGUCUGUCUAGGGGAGCUAAUGCAAGAAGGCCGUAAACCUACCUGGCUGUUUGAUUGACAGUCAGGCUGGUGUUUCAUGAUUUAUUCCUAAAAGUGCCGAUUUCUCAUAGAAAAGGGCACUUUUAUAAACUGGGCUAAAAAUAGGAUACCCCUCAGCUGGAGCACUUUAUGGGUUGGGACUGGCCCUUUAAACUUAAGAGGCAGACGAUUACUUAGAGCGCCUGCAUUGCAAAGACUUCUUACUGAGCUGCAUUGGGGACAGCCACAGAAAGUCUGAGCUGGGUUAGAAGGGAGAAGAGUUUGCACAGGGACCAGACCAGCUGUUUGUAAGUAAACCACAAUGAAAAAGAAAUGCAUAUUUAUUUUUUAUUUUAUUUAUUUGGGCAGUGAAGUGUCCCUUUUGGGAAUUGAGAUGUUUUGCCCAAAAUAGCUGUUCUAGAAAUAAAUAAUCUUUUAUUAUUUUUCAACAUUGGCUAUAUUAGGCGUGUAUCUUCCUAUCAGCUAUUGUGACCUACAUGUUGCAAUUAUCUUGUUAAUUGCCUGGUAAGUAUUUUCUAUGACAUAUGGCAAGAGCUUCACUAAUCAUGCAUUUCUCGUUGGAUAGGUAUGUCUCCAUAAAACCUGAUCAAAGGAAACUGUUAAAUGGGACCAAUGUUCUCGGACUCUUGCUGGAUAUUUUACUAAAGGAGGGCUUCGGUCUGAUUAGCACUAGGUCUGUGGCAUCUGAAGAGAAGGUGGAGUGCUAUACAUUUCAGAGGAAGAAGAGAGCGGAAGUGUUCACAGUUAAUGAAGCUCCUAAACCGGAAAACAAUGUACAAAUACAAGGGAAGCAAGUCAAGUCGAACAAAAAGAGAUGAAGUCUCAGCAACCAUUUCAUCAAUAUCAUUUUACCAUUCUAUCACAUCAUUUUAGUUAUACUGAUGAGGUGUUACUUUAUAGACAAUGCAAUGUCAUCCAAGGGUGACCUUGUAUGGACAUGUUAUGUCUGGACUAUAAUACUGCUAACACAGUUAGUUGAUAGCGAUGAUGGACUUUGCACAAGGAAGCAGGUUAUCAGCUCUUUGCCCCAACAUGAUUUCGUCUACACUAUGCUAGCAAAUGUAUAGAUUUAUUUAUAGAAUAUUAUUUGCUACCGUGCCAUUACCAUAGAGUUUUGAAUUUUAGUUACGCUGAUCAGAAAUGUGUGCACCUGCAGCAAAUCACACAAUGCACAUGUCCAGAAUGCUAUGUGAGCAGCUUAAAUCAGGAACUGAGUCGUGUGCCAUGUGGGAUCCACCCUUUGUCAGUCGGUGAUGGUGGAAAGUUUUGGUAGAAUAUAUAUCAAUAUUAACCUACCAAAAACUUUUGCCCCAUUGGUCAUCAUCAGCCACCUCCUUUAAUCUGCACAUCUUACUGAACAGAACAAG